CCGUUACACGGUUCACUAAUACGUUGGGUGGAAUUUUUCAGCCCAUUGGCGCAUUGAAACCCAUAAUCCCAAACACGGUGCACUUCCAAUUUGUAGCCACAAUCGAGAAGAUGCAACAGAGCGAUUACAGGAUGUACUCGACCUCGUCUUAUCCCAUCGACAAAAGACUCUCGGCUUUGUCCUUAUCGACCAAACAGGAGACUCCCGAAUACGCCAUAAACCGUUUCUCGCAGAAAUACGACUCCUACCAGGAGUUUCUCUACAGGAACAACCAGCAGAGGCGUCGGCUCUCGUCCACAGGGGAAGGAAGUGGCGACUCGAGCACGACUACCUCCGGAAGUAGUUACGGGGAACGAGAGGAUGGCAGCGAAGGGAGGGCCGAAAGCGACGAAACCGAAGAACGGGAAGAAAGGAAACCGCUAGAGGGUCAGAUUACGGACUAUGAGAGGCAGCAAGUGGAGACCUUCUUCAAAGGGCUGAAGACGCAGGUGUACGUUUGCGGCUCUUUGGCCAACCUGUACUUCAAAACCACCUCCGACAAAGACUGGCAACUCGUCUACACCGGCAUCCCCGUCGUGGUGCUCGACAUCGGGGAGUCCCGGGCCCGGGACAAGCGCCGCAUCCAGAUCGCCCUGGCAGAGCGGGGCACCUGCUUCAUGCUCUGGAGCGACACCAUCGACAACCUGUCCGCGUACCGGGUCGCAGGCAACGCUUUCCACACCAUGUGCUGCUCCUCCGACCACACCAAGCACAUCGGCUUCAGCUUCGACACGGCCCAGGCCGCCGACGAGAUGUGGUCGCACAUCGAGCGAUUGGUUUCCGAUCCGGAAAACAUAUCGCUUUCCACGCCAGGGAAAAAGAAGAAGAAGAAAGAGCGGAAAGUGCCAAAGCCUGCGCCUCUUCCUCCCAAAAGCCAUAUCUCGCAGCCGUGCUGCUUUCAGCAUAUCACGUCGGUCGACAGGGAUGACACGAAUAGGUAUUACUCGCUGAAGGAGUUCGUGCCCAGCGGACACCCAGCGAGGAUAAUUCACGCGCUUGAUGACUGAUUCUGUGUGGACGAGUUUAUGUAACCAGUGUUGCUUGUGUCUAGAUUAGGUUGUUAUCAAAGCUAGUUUGGUAAUUCUAUUAUUGUAGAAGCUGAGAUAGAGGAUGUAUUUUAAAUUAAUCUGUGAUACCGUUUCAACAUUUAUUUUAUAUUACUUAAGUGUUUUCCUUUGUUAGUAAUAAAGGACUUACUGUAAGUGUAGUUAAGCUGAGAAUAAAUAUGUUUCAAUUUGA